CGUUCUCAUUUAGGAUAGAUGAUUUUGCAUCACUUCCAUAAAGUUACCAUUGUUAAUCUUAAGUCCUUGGGAAUUGGAACCUCUGUCUCCUUGACCCCAGAAAACUAUAUAUCUUGCUUCAGUCCUAUUUGAGGUGCUCUCAGAAGCUGCUGUAUGGAGGUUUAAUUUAGUUGAAACUGAAAUGUCAUUCCUACUGAAUGUUCUGUUUUGUAGAAGUUGAAAAGUUAAGGUUUAAAGUUACCUGUAGAAUACAAUCUAGCAUUUGUUUGACUUACUGGUCCUCACUGAAACAGCAAAGACGUGACAAGGCAUAAAUUAGCCAUGAAUACUGUAUCCUGAAGUAUCCCAAAUCAACCAUGCUGUUUUGCAGAAGGGAAGUUUCAGUAAGUUGGUAUAUUUUGGAUAGAAGUGAGGUGUGCACCUGUACAGGGUGGAGAGGUAUGUGAGCUGCCUUGAAAGCUCCAGUCGAGUAGCCUGAAGGUAACAUUAGCUCUUGACUAAAACAAGGUAUUUUCAGCUGACUGAACUAACUUACACAGCCUGGAAAUAAGGCAUCAGACGGGAAUCUCUAAUUUAUUGCUUGCUGAGUGUUCUGUCUGGUGAAAGUCAUGUCAUCCAUAUUGCCGUUCACUCCACCCGUUGUGAAGAGACUUCUGGGGUGGAAAAAAUCUGCUGGUGGCUCUGGAGGGGCUGGUGGUGGUGAGCAGAAUGGUCAGGAGGAAAAGUGGUGUGAAAAAGCAGUGAAAAGCUUGGUCAAGAAGCUAAAGAAAACAGGACAGCUGGAUGAGCUUGAGAAGGCAAUUACCACUCAGAAUUGCAAUACAAAAUGUGUGACGAUACCAAGGAGGUGGUGGUCUUCUGUUCUCUGGAAAGCUUUUGUCAGAAAGUCCGAAGACAUUUUCAGCACUUGCUCUGAAAUUUGGGGACUGAGUACACCAAACACGAUAGAUCAGUGGGAUACAACAGGCCUUUACAGCUUCUCUGAACAAACCAGAUCUCUCGAUGGCCGUCUACAGGUAUCUCAUCGUAAAGGAUUACCGCAUGUUAUUUACUGUCGUUUGUGGCGCUGGCCAGAUCUUCACAGUCACCAUGAACUUAAAGCAAUUGAAAACUGUGAAUAUGCUUUUAAUCUUAAAAAGGAUGAAGUAUGUGUAAACCCUUACCACUACCAGAGAGUGGAGACACCAGUCUUGCCUCCCGUACUAGUGCCACGGCACACUGAGAUUCUAACGGAGCUUCCGCCUCUCGAUGACUAUACCCAUUCCAUUCCUGAAAACACUAACUUUCCAGCUGGAAUUGAACCACAGAGCAAUUACAUACCAGAAACACCACCUCCAGGAUAUAUCAGUGAAGAUGGAGAAACGAGUGACCAGCAGUUGAACCAAAGCAUGGAUACAGGAUCUCCAGCAGAGCUGUCUCCAAGUACUCUCUCCCCAGUUAAUCAUAGCUUGGACUUGCAACCAGUUACUUAUUCGGAGCCUGCAUUUUGGUGUUCAAUAGCAUAUUAUGAAUUAAAUCAAAGAGUGGGAGAAACCUUCCAUGCAUCACAGCCUUCCCUGACCGUAGAUGGCUUUACAGAUCCAUCAAAUUCAGAACGAUUUUGUCUAGGUCUGCUUUCCAAUGUAAACAGAAAUGCUACAGUGGAAAUGACAAGGCGACACAUAGGAAGGGGAGUACGUCUCUAUUACAUUGGCGGAGAAGUUUUUGCCGAGUGCCUAAGCGAUAGCGCGAUUUUUGUUCAGAGCCCCAACUGUAAUCAAAGAUAUGGCUGGCAUCCUGCAACUGUGUGCAAAAUUCCACCAGGAUGCAAUCUAAAAAUCUUUAAUAACCAAGAAUUUGCUGCUCUUCUGGCUCAAUCUGUGAAUCAGGGUUUUGAAGCAGUUUAUCAGCUUACUAGAAUGUGUACCAUAAGAAUGAGUUUUGUUAAAGGAUGGGGAGCUGAAUACAGACGGCAAACAGUAACAAGCACUCCUUGCUGGAUUGAACUUCAUCUGAAUGGACCUCUACAAUGGUUGGACAAAGUAUUGACUCAGAUGGGCUCCCCUUCAGUACGCUGCUCCAGCAUGUCGUAAAACUCCUUCCUCCGUUACCAGUGGGCUAACUAUCGAGUCCAAUCAACAGACUUAAUAUAACAGCUCGUCUGUCGUAGUAUUUGUGUGUGGUCCCCAUGAACUGUUUACUAUCCAAAAAGGUUUUUAAAAAAAAAAAAAAAA